AUGGCUGGAUCUAGAGCUAUUCAUUCCACCAUCACACGCGAAGCCGCUCUAGUUGCUGGAACAAGGACUGUCCAAGCAUUGCAUCAUGGAAUUCCAACUCCUCUUCUGGUUGAGCAACUUGAGAUAUUACACAUUUUCAUCAUUCUUAAAGCGAACAUAGGUGCUCAAGGUUCCUUCAUUAAGAAUAAAUCAUCCACCACAUUGACCCCCAAGAAAACACAGUUCAAGAGGUCGUAUCUAGAAGAAACUAUUACAUUGGUCCGGAGCCGACCGCACCAAGGGGAAGCAAUUCGAAAGACCGUUCAAAAGGCUGAAAACGCAAUUCCCCUCCCUAGAGCUCGUGCACAGACUGAGGAAGUAACACUCCAUUCCUAA